AUGCACUGGUCUCUUGCCACUCUAGGCUGCCUUCUGGCGGCCUCGGCCUCGGCCGUACCGCUCGCAACGCAGCAUGUUCCGGGCCUCGCCGCUCCCGUCCUGCCGUCGUCAGCAGGAGACCUCGGGGCCGAAGACGACGCCGGAGCGCACGUGCAUCUCACCACGGCCGGCUCGCUUGUCGGCAGAGACAUCAAGAAGGGCUGGUUCAGUGCCCAGGAGGCAGCGAUGCUCCAGAAGGAGUCGGAAUCCGACGUCAACUUCUUCCACCUCAUGGACAGCCUCGACACCCUCAGCCAGCUUUUAGAUCGAAACAGAAUUCCCUGGGCUGUCGCCGGCGGCCUUGCCUUGAAGAUCCACGGCCAGCCCAGCCGUUAUACCGGCGAUAUUGACAUUGUCGUCCAGACGACGAUGUCCAAGCUCAAGACAGCGCUGAGCAAGGACAAGAAGUUUAUUCUCCCCGGCCCCGGAUGGCCAAGCGAUUCCCACCUGCGGGUCUACCACAACCAAGGGAGCUCGUCGAAGCCGAAGUAUAUCGAGGUUGAUAUGAUCAUUGCAGGCACGCUCACCACACCCGAAAAUCUCAGAGCCAACUCAAAGGAUAUCCAAAAGGAGACGAGGGCCAAGAAGGCGCUCACCAUCCACGUGAUGAGACUUGGAAAGAUCUUCAAGUCCAAGGUCUACGCUUUGGCCGCAGACCAUCGCAACAAGAACGACAAGGACAUGAAGGAUAUCAGCUGGAUCAUUGAGAAGACCCCUGGGGCCCUCGUUAACGUCCAGCAGGACCUGACAUACGAUCUGCGGCAGCUGGUGAUUAUGCAUCUCGUCCGCCUGAGGUCGCCCCUGGUCGCUAAGGCCAGAGAGCUCCUCGGAGUCGAUAACGGCGCGCGUCUCCACGCGGUGCCAGCUCCGCAGAUCGUCGGUGUUCCGCCGAACCAGGAGCCGGGCUUCGUUAGCUGGCUGUUUGACGGCACCCCUGGCCACACCGUGUGGGGCUAG